AUGUUGCUUAGCGAGCAUCUGAUACCAUCGCCGCAAAGGGAAACGGCUAUGGAUCGACUAUUGAACUCCCUAGAAGACCGCGGGAUGAACCUGGAACAACAGGCCAAGGAUGAGAAAGAAGGGACGGCUCCAGUUCCCAAAGUGGCGAGACUUCUUCGCGAUGGCCAAGGAAAGUUUAUGUAUAUUGGCGAUUCAGCAAGUUUGUCUUUCUUACAGAGUGUGCGCCGUGUCGUUACCUCUUCAAUUGGCCGAUGCGAGUUUACCGAGGACAACUCGCGACACUCCAUGCUCGAGGCCUUUCAGAAUAACCCAAGCUGCCAGCAACCUGGACAUCUGAUGACGCCUCCGAGUGACGAAGAGGCUCAAAGCCUAGCUCGCCAAUUCGUGCUUGCCACAAGCCCGCUACUAGAUUUGUUUGACCUGAAAGAGUUCCACCCGCGACUUGCCAACUGGGUUGCAAACCCAUCAGGCGAUGAAGACACUGUAAGCUCCAUUUUCUAUCUGGUACUCGCCAUCGGAGCCCAGGUUUCCGAUAUUGACCAGAGUUUGGCCGAGCAAUAUUUCGGUAGCGGUCGUCAAUUGGCGUUCUCCGCAUUCCAGGAGACCCCCAGCAUCCACACUAUACAAUCAUACAUUUUGGUUUCCAUGUACAUGCUUGGUGCCUGCAGACGUAAUGGCGCGUUUAUGAACCUUGGAAUUGCUUUGCGAGCUGCUUACGCCGUGGGUAUCCACCGGAAAGACGCAAACGCACUGUUUUGUGGACGCGAACAACGAGCGAGGGAGCGAGUCUGGAAGAGUCUCAGGAUGAUGGAUCUUUUCCUCAGUGCCUCGCUAGGCCGGCCCCCAGCAACCUCUGACUAUGACUAUGACAUACGCGAUGUUGCUCUUGUAUCGGGAGAACUACAGGCACUUGAGACACCUGAACAGCAGCUCUCGGUUGCAGUCAUUUCAUUGUGUCGGAUCUUUGAACGGAUUCUGACGGAUGUCUAUAUGAAACAAGUGAUAUCGAUCAAUGUCGCAGAGAACAUCUCGAAUCAGCAUCGGGCCUGGGUUCGAACCUUGCCAACAAUCCUCAAGAUGCAGACCGAAACACUUGAAAACAAAACCAUGGAAAGCAGUCUAGCUGCAGCUCAUGUGUUUGGGUCAUACUACUGGUCAAUCAUUUUGCUAACCCGGCCGUUCCUUAUCUAUCGCGUUGCCCAAUAUGUCAAGGGCAAAACCGAUUCAUCUUUCACUCCGCAGACUCGAAACGGGAGCUCUCGUAUUGCACUGUUCGCCGAUGCGUGUGUCUAUUCAGCGCUGCGAGGCUUGGAUGUUGUCGAUGAUCUCAGCCACUAUGCCGCCCUCCCACGACGGCUACCAUUCCUGAUCAACUCCGUCUUCAAUUCCGUCAUUGUGCUCGGCGCUGCCUUUUUCGCUGAUUACGACAAUUUUCUCCCCCUGGAAGAGGGGAUAAACAAGGCCGAACGAUUCCUUGGGUUAUUUGUCCCGCAUGAUCCUCAUGCCUGCCGCUUCUUUCAAAUCAUCAAGUACCUCCGUGGGGCCGUCACCGAGUAUGUCUCACGACGAAAUAGACAAUGGAUGGACCGCCGCAGUAAGCAGGUCGACCAGCUUUUCGGCCAAGUCGGCGGUGGCGAAGAUCCCAGUUCUCUGACCUCAGGGAUUGGUCGUGAUAUUCCUCCUGCUGGCCGACCGAAUGGUGAUUCACCGUCAGCGGCGGCGCCACCUCCUACCUCACCCGGAAAAAUUUCCAGUGGCAUACCAUCCUCUUUCCUCACCUCACAGCCGCCACAUUUCUCUGCCGGUGACGAUGUAUGGGACGCCCUAUGUAACGGCACAAAUGAAGCCGCUGCUUUGUCUUAUGAUGCAGCAAUAUCUGCUCUGACUACCUCUGGGAUCCCGGUGGGUUGCUCUCCCGGAGGGACCAUUCCGUCAGGACAGCAGCCUGUGUCUGGUGGCCCCUCUCCUCUCUCUGAUGUGAUUUUCCCAGACAAUGGUCUACUGUAUAUGGCCGAGGAUCUGCCAAAUUUUGGUAUCUGGCCGGACGAGCCGUGA